AUGUUUUUGAAAAUCAAAAAAAUUUUAAAAACAAGUAAUAAUGAAAACUCUAUAGAUAAUGAUAAUAGUAGUAGUAGUAACAUUAAAAAGAAAAAGAGUGAUAAAAAAAAUAAAAAUAGUAAUAAUAGUAAUAUUAAUGACAUUACAACUUCACCUAUCAUAACAAAUAAUAAAAGAUCAGACAGUGAUUUUAAUGAACAAGCUCUUAUUAAUAAAUCACGUUCGUCUUCAGAUAUCGAAUCAUCUGAUGCUAUAGUAGAAAAUGAAGAUAUUAUUCAACCAGUUUUAACAACAACUACAACAACCUCAUCAUCAUCAUCAUCAUCAACAGCAUCACCAAUAACAAAUGAAAAAUCUUCAAAUAGCCCACAAUUAAAUAGAAAUAAAUCUUUCUUAGGUUCUGUAGUUUUAAAUAUUAAAAAGAAGAGUUCAUCAAAAUCUAAUGAUAACAAUAGUAAUAAUAAUAAUAAUAAUAAAUCACAACAAGCAAUUAAUAGAAAAAGUUAUCAAAAAGAUGAUAAUAAUAAUAAUAAUAGUAGUAGUAAUGAAGGAUCACCACAAUCACAAAUUAGUAAUGAAGAGAUACAAUCCAAUGAUUCAAUUGAUAAUGAAGAAUUAAAUAAUGAAAAUUGUGAUUCUGAUGAAGAGGAGCAGCAAGACAAUAGUUCAUACGACGAUGAUGAUGAUGAAGAUGGAGAAUAUGAUGAAGAUAAUUCAGAUGAUGAUGAUGCAUAUGUUUCAUUUAAAGAUUUGGAUGAAACUAAUACAAAACCAGUUAAAAGUUUUAAUUGUUUAUCACCAAAUCAAUUAGUGGAACAACAAGAAAAAGAAAUUAAAGAUAUUGCUGAACUAUUAUCAAUACCAACUUCUUCUGCAAAUACAUUAUUAAAACAUUUCAAUUGGAAGAGAGAGGAAUUAAUUUUAAAAUAUUUUGAAUCACCAAAAGAAAUUUGUAAAGAAUUAGGUAUUGAAUAUAAUCCAAUAUCAAAUAAUAAUAAUAAUAAUUUUAUUAAUAAUAAUAAUAUUCAACAAUGGUCACCAUCAUCAUCUCCACAAUUAUUUUCAUGUGCUAAUAAUAAUAUAAAUUCAACAACUACUACAACUACAACUACUACUUCAACAACAACAACAACAACAACAACUACACCAACAAUUUCAUGUUCAAUUUGUGGUGAAGAGGAUGAAAGUUUAACAGAAUUUACAUGGGCAAAAUGUAAACAUUCAUUUUGUAAUGAUUGUUGGGCAAAUUAUUUAACAUUAAAAAUCAAUGAAGGUGAAGCAACUAUUAGAUGUCCAUUCUAUAAAUGUAAAGCAGUAGUUGAUGAUCAAAUUAUAAAGAGAUUGAUAGCACCAUUUGUUUAUGAAAAGUAUCAAAUUUUCUCAACAAAGAAAUUCAUUCAACAAAAUAAACAACUUCGUUAUUGUCCAACACCAGGUUGUGACAAUGCAAUUACAUUGGUUAGUGAUGGUGAGAUUAGUAGUAUUUUAAAUAGUGUUGGUGGUGGUGGUGUGAGUGGUGGUGAUCUUGAUGAUCAAGAUCCAAAUUGUAUUUUUAAUAAAAACACUGGUAAUAAUAACAUUAGUGUUCAAUGUUCAUGUGGUUUCAAAUUUUGUUUCAAAUGUCAUCGUGGUAGUCAUGCACCUGCAUCAUGUGAACAAAUGUCAAUGUGGGAACAGAAAUGCUCGGAUGAGAGUGAAACUAGUCAUUGGAAAAUUGCAAAUUGUAAACAGUGUCCAAAAUGUACAGUCUCUGUUGAAAAGAAUGGUGGUUGUAUGCAUGUAGUUUGUAGUCAAUGUAAAUAUGAAUGGUGUUGGAUGUGUACUCACAAUUGGAAAGGUCAUAAUGAUUUCUAUGUUUGUAAUCGUUUUGAAAAAGAAAAAGAAAAAGAAAGAAAAUUAAAUAAUAAAUUAAAAAGUAGUAGUGGUAGUACUGGUAGUAGUAGUAAUAAUAAUAAUAGUGGUAGUGGUAGUGGUGUUGGUGAUGAUGAUAAUAGUAGUAGUAGUCACCCUAGUAAAUUUAAAUUAUUAUUAUUUAAUAGUAAUAAAUCAAAAAUAAAAAAAUCAAGAGAAUCAAUUGAAGAAGAACAAAAAAGAACAAAUAGAUUAGAAUUGGAGAGAUAUUUAUAUUAUUAUGAAAAGUAUAUAAAUCAUGGUAAUAUUCAAAAAUUGGAGAAAGCAAUUAAAGAAGAGGCACAAAUUAAAAUGCAAGAAUUGGAGAAAGCAAAUUCAACUCGGGCUGAAGUAAAAUACAUUGAAAAGGGUGUUGAUCAAUUAUUAGAUUGUAGAAAUAUUUUAAAGUAUACCUAUAUCUAUGCUUUCUUUUCUUUUGCUGAUCAAAAUAAUCAACGUGUUGUCACUGCCAAAGAAUUAUUCGAAUUCCUUCAAGAUGAUUUAGAAAAAACAAUGGAAAAAUUAACUGAACAAAUGGAAGAUGUUAUGAAAUCUCAUGUAAAUCUUGAUACUUGGCAUCGUUUAGAUGUAAUGAAUCAAAUUACACUUUUAAAAACUAAAACUGAUGGUUUAUUAAAUGCUGUAUUAAAAGAUUCAUUAUUUGAAUUAUAA